AUGCAGCUCGCCGAGCCAUACCGAUUUGAGAUUGAGGACUCUGGCUUCAAUCUGGCCAUACAAUGCCCACCAAACGGCAGUUUUUCUUCAGUCUCUUCUAAUUCAUCUUCUCCGUACGAGGUCUUCACACCCAUCUCUCGCCGUUCUACACCUAACGAGAUCAGAAUGGACUUUGACGGCUCCUAUCAGUCGUUUGCAAGUACACCCACACCGCCUUCGGUAAUGAUGCAUAAGUACAUGUUCGGUCCCGUGAAAGCGGAGCACGAGCGUAUGUCUUUCUCUUCCUCCGACGGAACUCUUUCUCCUUCCACACCUCUCAGAAAAAUGACCGACGUUAUGUCCCACGACUAUAUGCUCGACGUGAACAACAUCAACUCACACUCUAUGGGUUCCAUCUCCCCCUCAGGCCCAGUACCUGUCUACACUGAAGCACCUUUACAAUCAACAUCCUACAUCAUGACACCUACCCACAGUGUCUCUCCCUCAGAGAUAGCGGAGAAUAAUGGAACUGCAUGGUGCAGCAAUGACAGUCCCAUCUCUUUCUUCAGAUCAAAGGGACAGUCUCCGCAGAAUGUCGAGCCUUUGAACCUUCAUCAGCGAUACUCAGAAUCGCCAUUGGGACGGACGUACUACCAACAUUCCCUACCUUUGUCGCCGCACAGGCUGCCAAGUCAAAGAGACCAGGUGAAUGCUUGGAAUGCCGCAAUAACCAAGACGGCGGAUCUUCAGAGGGAGAUUCGGAUGCAAAGAAAGGUAGUGCCUGAGAAGAAUGAUCCAGGCUCAUACGACGUUGUACGAAAGGCAAUGUGCAAGUGUGACUACCCCAAUUGCCACAAAGCCUUCAGAAGAAAUGAGCAUCUGAAGCGUCACAAGCAGACGUUCCACGGAGAGGGUCCCAAUCGGUUUUCUUGCGAGUUCUGUGGAAAAGACCAGUUCAAUCGCCAAGACAACCUCAAUAAUCAUCGCAAACUACAUGCCCGCCCUAACAGCCGCAACCGCGGAGUUGAGUUCAUCGCUGCUGCGGUACCAGUCAUUGAACAAGAGGAGCGAAGCCGUAAGAGGCGAGCGCCUCCCAAGUCAAGACUGCCAGCAGCUGGAAUGCCAGCUGAGAAGCGUGCAGGCAGCUACUAA